UGGCCCUCAGGGUCUAAAGCGUUCUCCUCAGCAAACGCCUCGUGCUUUUCGUGAGGCAGCCAUGGCGAGCAACUCGCAAAAAGCAGAGAAAAGCAGAAAUAAAAGCAAAAAGAUAGAGAAUGAAGCUUCAGAAAAUCCUCCACUGCCUGACAAAACAGAUUUGGCUCCUUCUGAGGACUCGCAGUCCCUUUUCAAGACUGAACCACUGGAAGAGGUUUUAAAUGAGAUCAGCAAAGAAAUUAACGACUUGUUAUCAAAAUAUGCUGACACUAUAAGUGAAAGAAUAGAGUUGGAUUCUUCUUAUGUUCAGGAGCUUGAUGAGAUCCUAAAAGAAGCCAGGGCCAUAGAAAAGCACUUAAAGGAGAAAAGGGAGAAGCUGAAACAGAGAUUCACUGUCAUUGCCAACAGUCUGCAAAGCUAAAUGGAGUUUGUUGCAGAAAUGCAGAGCCACAGUUGUGUUUGUGUAUGAAAACAAACUGUGAUGAGUGUUGUGAUGUCUGUUUCUUGGAUAAAUGUUUCUGUCAGUUCAGGAAACUUCAAGUUAAGCAGCUACUUAGUGUUUAAAUAAUAGUGUAGUGGUAGUUAAUAAAAAAAAUUCUGAAUACCUGUUUUAAAUCCUGUGACUCAAGAGAUUAAGGCAUUAAGCCUUGUUAACACAUUAAACAUAGCAAAAACAUUUCUGUGAAAUAUAGAAAUUGAUGAUGUAAGUGGAAAAUAACCUCAGAUGAUUCCAUGUUAACUAUUUUCUGGCUAUGGUAUUUUUUUUUCCUUUCUACUUUAAAAAAUGUUUUCGUGCUAAAAUCUCAGUAGAAUAUACUUGCAAUCUUAUUUCCAUUUUGCCUCAGAAUGUAAACAGGCUGAAAAGAUCAGCUUAGAAAUAAGAGAGCUCUAUAAAGAACUUUGAGAAAGUAUAAAGUCUUAAUUUCAAAAGCAUUGUGAUAGGGUAAUGUGUGUUACAUUUCAAGGUCAUGUUGAUAUAAAACAUAAUCAAAGCUUUGCUGUUGAUGUCAAUAAUUAAAUAGAUAAUGCUACCAUGA